GCUGGCCGCCCUGCCGGAGAAACCCCCGGCCAUCGACUGGGCUUACUACAAGGCUGCUGUUGCUAAGGCUGGCAUGGUGGAUGACUUCCAGAAGAAGUUCAGCGCCCUAAAGAUUCCUGAGCCAGUGGAUACCCAAACUGCCAAAAUUGAUGCCCAAGAGAAGGAAGCUGCGAAGAGCACUGCUGAGUACGUGCAGGCUUCCAAAGCUCGGGUUGCCCAGUACGAGCAACAGCUUCAGAAGCUCAGAAGCAUGAUUCCCUUUGAGCAGAUGACGUGUGAAGACCUGCAUGAAGCCUUCCCCGAGACCAGACUGGACAAGGAGAAGUAUCCGUACUGGCCCCACAAACCCAUUGCUGAUCUGUAA